AUGACGCCGGCGUGCGGGGUGAAGCUCAGGGCUGCCGCGUGACGUUUGGAGUCCCCUUGCCCUGGUUGGCCACUUCAUGAGGGAGUGUAAGACCCAAUGUCGAUGGGCAUGCUCCAUGCAUCGGUGGUGGAGCACAUCCACUCAGGACUACCCACGCCCAGCAUACGAUAAUCAGGCAACGGAAAUGGUUGGAUGCUACAGGUUUCUCAAGAGGUCGGCGCGUGGGAUGAUGAGAGGCUCGUGCGGAUGGAAUCGAGUAUAAGAAGCCGCUCUCGUCGCCCUCCAAGAUUCGAUUUUGUUCUGCAUCCAACAAUCUACUCUUCAACUCAAACAUCCAACACUCAACUCACACUUUUUCGAAGAUUCUUCUUCCACCCCAAACAAUCAACAUGGCUCCUUGGUGAGUUGCACCUACCCCCCAGCCUCGAGCCUUUUCAAGGAGCAUACCCUGAGAGGAACCUGGCUGCGAUCGAUUCAAAAGCUUCCCGGCUAACACUCGUGUCUCUAGCGACUGCUCCAACUGCUGCGGUGCUUCUUGCGCUGGCACCUCUUGCUCUUCCUGCUCCUCUUGCUCCCACUAAAUUUCUUCAACCUCUUCCGAUCGACACAUCUCGGCGUCUCAACUCGGGACUCUACGGAUAUUGAAGAUGGGUUUCUGGGACACUCAACAGGAGACGUCUUCGGCCGCAAGCCGUGCUCGAGCUUGUUAGAUCAGAAUACAACAUAUCGGAGAUGG